ACACACUUCCUAGUCCCAAUGAGUUCACAUAUUACCGACCCACAGAGAUCAGCCAGUCUGCACACACCAGCCACGUGUCUUCUCUGAAUCGAUACGGGGAUCCUGUCUCUAGUUUCUGUUGUAGUGGGAAGUUUGAGGAGCACCAAGGAGCACUGGUGGAAUGAGAAAUUUGCUAACUUUGCGUCAGGUUUGGAGCAGAUCUUACACCCUCUGAGAGAUGCCUCGGUCUUUUUUGGUGAAGCGGGGAGGGUUGCACCAUCUCCGACCCACAGCCCGAAGCCCCAGCCCUGGAUCCACCCAGGUAGUUUUCACAGCAGGGCCCUGGGGAGCAGCGUUUGCAUACACCCCUGCAGAAUCAUCAGAUAAAAAGGCAGAGCUUCUUGCUACCAACUACUCUGAUGGAAGUGGGCACCUCCAGUCAUCUAGUCCCAAAUAUUGUGGAUCUAGAUCUGCUGAACCCUACAGUACCAUAAACCCAGUGGAGAAAGCAAGAUCUCCCCCUCCCACAGCAGCUGUGUGCUCCAGUCCUCAUGUGAGCUCAGAAUAUCCACACAAACUGUCUGUGGGAAAAGCAGAUCUGACUCAGCUGCCAAUCAUUGCGAGGGAAACCAGGAGCAGUGGCUGCUCCAGGAUCAGCGCCCCGAGACAAGAGUGUUUGCUCUGUGGGAGAAUAUUUUCAUCUCUAUCAAGUUUAAAGACUCACUUAUUUAAGAGCCAUGAAAGCAGAGCUCGUCUGCCAGCAGCACACUUCAAAGCCAGCAGAGCUGGUAAUGAGCAAUCAUCAUGCAGAGGCAAGGAGAGGACGUUUGGCUGCAAGGUGUGUGGGAAGGUGUUCAAGCGCUCUUCCACCCUCUCCACCCAUUUGCUCAUUCACUCAGACACGCGGCCCUAUCCCUGCCAGUACUGCGGUAAAAGGUUCCACCAGAAGUCGGACAUGAAGAAACACACUUUCAUACACACCGGGGAGAAGCCUCACGUGUGUCAGAUAUGCGGCAAGGCUUUCAGCCAGAGCUCCAACCUCAUCACCCACAGCCGUAAACACAGGGAGGACCGACCCUACCGCUGCCCUCGCUGCCUCUACAGCUUCCAACACAAAGUGGAGCUGCGGCAGCACCAGGAGAACCACUGCACAUACCGCUGACAGACACCUCAGCACCUGCAGUCAUAAACAUGCAAAAGACUUUCAGGACUGAAAUUUACUGUCUGCAGUUCACCAAGUCAGACUUUUCAUCUACAGCUGGAGCAAUAUCUGACUGUGUGUGAAGACAAUGGUAGAGAAAAAAAGAUACUAGCUGUGACAUCUACAGUAUUCAGGCAGUUACUAUGUGUUUUCUUAUGCAUAUUAUUAUUGAAAUGGGCAUUACAGGCAACAAAAAAACAAAAGACAACGCAGCUGAACACAUUCUAUAAAGUGAGUUUACAAGUGAGUUUAUAUUAAUUUAGCAAAAGAAACCCUUUCGGCUGGUGCCCUCUGCACCAAAAAAGAAGUUUUAUAGAUAUUGUCAACAAAGUCAAUAAAGACAGACAGAAAAUCUGUUCCUCUGUCCAAAUCAC